CUUCGCGUUUCGAAAUUUUUCGAAGCUCAGUUUCGGCGUAAUUCCUGAACAGUAUGGCGUCUUACCCGAUCAUUCAGGAACGUGAGGGGGAAUGGACCUCCAAUGAAAUGAUUGAAAUCUUAGGCUUUAGAAUUCCAGCGUUUUUUGUGUAUGGCUCUCAAGGUCCUGAGUUGCUGUGCGACUUCAUCACUAAUUUUCAGACGAAACCUGAUGAUGUAUUUAUUGUCAGUUACCCUAAGUCAGGGACCACUUGGGUUCAAGAAAUUGUCUGGCAGAUUUACCACGAUGGUGAAAUCAGUCAUAAAGUUCUUGGAGAUCGCAUCUUGUACAUAGAAAAAGCUUUAUUACCAGAAUCAACUCAUCUUGAUAUUAAAAGUAUGCCGAGCCCUCGUCUGUUUAAGAGCCACCUGUCUUAUGAUGCGAUUCCUAAGAGUACAGACGAGGCCAAGACAACCUGUAAAUAUAUCUACGUCGCUCGCAACCCCAAGGAUGCUGCAGUCUCAAGCUACAAAUUUAUGGGUAGCUUUGGCACAAACGGAAUGAAUGCACCAUGGGAAUUUUAUGCGAAACUAUUUAUCGAGGGUAAAACAGUUUACAACAAAUGGAGUGAUCAUGUUCUUGGAUGGUGGAAGCACAGACAUGAUCCGAACGUUCUGUUCCUUAAAUAUGAAGACCUGCAGAAGGUAUGAAAAUU